UGUCGUUUACAAAAUCUUUGAGGUUUCGUGAGCAAAGUUGCUAAUUCAUUUUACCGAAAUACUAAUUUAUAUUCAUUUAGAUACGUUAGACUUGUUGUGAAAAUGCCUCUUGAAAAUAGAGAAGAGGAAGGUUUGGAGAAGAAUCCAAAUUUAGAAUUAGCGCAAUGGAAAUUUUUACUUAGUUUGCCAGAUUAUAAAGAUGACAAAACUAUACAAGAAAAACUCAUCAGUGCAAUAAAAACUGAAAAUAUGGCACCGUGGUAUGCUGAAGUUUGUAAAGAUUUAGGUUGGACUGUUGAUGAAAAUUUGUUGUCAACAAUGAAAGCCAAUAAUGCAGCAGCAUUAGUCAAACUUGAUGAAACUAUUGAAGAUGCUGAAAAAAAUUUGGGAGAGAUGGAGGUUCGAGAAGCCAAUUUAAAAAAAUCAGAAUAUUUAUGCAGAAUAGGAGAUAAAGCAGGAGCAAUUGCUGCUUUCAGACAAACCUAUGACAAAACUGUUUCUCUUGGUCAUCGCUUAGAUAUUGUUUUUCACAACAUUAGAAUUGGCUUGUUUUACCUAGACCAUGAUCUAAUCACACGCAAUAUAGAAAAAGCUAAAAGUUUGAUAGAAGAAGGUGGUGAUUGGGACAGACGUAACAGGCUUAAAGUAUAUCAAGGUGUAUACAGCAUUGCAAUUCGUGAUUUUAAAAGUGCAGCUACAUUCUUUCUGGAUACAGUGAGCACUUUUACAUCCUAUGAAUUAAUGGAUUACAAUACUUUUGUUAGGUAUACAGUAUAUGUCUCUAUGAUUAGCUUGCCUCGUAAUGAGUUACGUGAUAAGAUUAUAAAAGGGUCUGAAAUUUUGGAAGUACUACACUCUAAUCUAGAUGUGAGAGAUUAUUUAUUUUCUCUCUAUGAUUGUCAUUAUGGAGAAUUUUUUAAGAAUCUAAUCCAUGUUGAAGGUUUACUUCGUUGUGAUUUCCUUGUACAUCCACACUAUCAGUAUUACGUACGAGAAAUGAGAAUCCUUGCAUAUUCCCAGCUUUUGGAAUCAUAUCGUUCAUUAACUUUAGAAUACAUGUCUGAACAAUUUGGUGUCAGUAUUGACUUCAUUGAUCAGGAAUUGUCAAGAUUCAUUGCAGCUGGCAGACUUCAUUGUAAAGUAGAUAGAGUUGGUGGUAUUGUUGAAACAAACAGACCUGAUACCAAAAAUUCUCAAUACCAAGCUAUUAUAAAACAAGGAGAUCUAUUAUUAAACCGGGUUCAGAAGCUAUCACGAGUUAUCAAUAUUUGAAAUUAUUUCUGCAUUUGUUAAGAAACUAAGUAA